CCUCGCCCGAGAGGCAGGAGACAGGCGAGAGGUAGAUCUCGGACCCUGUCUUCGGACCGCACUCCACAGCUAGCACCCUCUCCCCCCCCCCCUGGAAAGUGCCGCGCCAGCUGCCUCUCCUCUUGCCUCAUCCCCCCCUCCUCUCCGCCCGGCUUCCCUCCUCCCGCCGAGAGUUCACCCCAAACAUGAUCAAGCCACGCCGCGCGCGCGCCCCCGGCCGCCCGGCCAUGUUUCCCCUCUUCGCCCUGCUGGCCGUCAUGCUGACCGUCCUCGGGGCCUUCCUCAUGACGGCCCCCAUGGCUGAUGCUCGCAUGCCCACCUGCCCCUCGUGCGGCAUGGAUGCCAUCGAGGAAAACCCCGUCCUCUGGAAGCACGGCCAGCGCACCCUCUUCUGCGGCAUGGGCCACAAGGCCGAGCGUGCGGACCCGUCUCUGGUUGUUGUUGGCGAGGCGACUGGCCCUGCUGAGGCCUUCGAUUCGGAUCUCGAGCCGGCACACUGCCCGGUGUGCGGCAUGACCGCCCCGGACCCCGCUCACCGUGAUGCCCAUGCCCAUCGUGCUGAGAUUCGCAACGGCCAGAGUGUGUGGACUUGCAGCGCUGGCUGCGCCCGCAUGUUCUCCGAGGACCCGAACAAGUACCUGGCCCCGGCCGGUGGUGAGCCUGGCAGCAGCGACUCCUCGCACCACCCCCCGGCUCCGGCUUACUGCACCGGUGCCACCGUCAUGCUGAACGGCUUCUCCUUUGGUGGCCCGGGGCAGACCUGCGUGCGCUUCCUCUUCGUCGACUGGGACCUGACCAGCCAGGCUCGCGUGAUUGGCGCCUGCAUCGGCACCAUUGUGCUGUGCUUCCUGCUUGAGGCCAUUGUCGCCCUGCGCGGGUACCUUGUUUCGGCUAGCACCCCCUCUGGCAGCACCAGCAAGUGCCCCUCCAUGGCGGCGGCCCGCGUGGCCGGUGGCUCUGGUGCCCCUGCCACUGGCACUUCCAACAACGCGUCCCCCUCCUCCGAGAAGGUCCUCAACUACGAUUCGGCCGCCGAGGCGCCCAUCCUGUCCGGCAAUGGACGUCGUGCCCCGAUGAAGCGCACUGCCCUCUGGCAUGUGGGCAACUUCCUCCUCCUCGCUGCGGCCAUCGCUCUGGCCUAUGCGGUGAUGCUCCUGAUCAUGACCUACCACGCUGGCCUCUUCAUUUCGGUGGUCAUCGGCUUGGCCGUUGGCCGCCUGGCCUGCCAGGCCGCCGCCGCCAGUGCCCUUUCCCGUGUCCGUCUCCACUGUGGCCCGGCCGCCCAGACUGGUCCGGAUCAGGGUAUCUUCAACGAGCCGAUCGAUCGUUGCUGCGAUAUCUAAGAUGAUAUUCGCCCCCCCCCCCCCCCCCCC